AUGGCUGAUCCUGCCUUGCAGACCCUGCUGAGCACCAAGGCUGCCCUCGAUCUGGGCCUGGUAACUCAGGCCGACUUCGACAUGGUGAAGACCUCCUUCCUGCGAGCCCAGCAGCUCAAGGCUGCUGUGGACGUGGGCGUCCUCCGAGAAGAGGACUACGAAGCCACCAAGUCCCAGUUCCUGGAGCUCAUCACUGGUGGGGGCGGUGCUACGCCCGCCUCGCGGCCCCAGAGCCCUGUGCCGCCCAUGAGCACGACCGCCCCCCCAACACCGGGAUCACGUGCGGUGCAGCAUGACAUCCCCCUGCAGCUGCCGAAGAUCGGGGGCACUCGAUCCAAGCCCAACGGAGGGACGUCCAUGAGCGGGAUCGCAGUGAGCGACGAUGCCGUCAACCUUUACUAUCAUAUCCGCUCCAAGUCUGCGUACCGCUGGGCCCUGUGGCGCGUGGACGAUGAGGGUACCACUGUGGUGAUCUCCGCGGUCGGUCCCAAAGACUCCACCUACGCCGAGUUCCUGGCCGCCCUCCCAGACAGCGACUGCCGAUAUGGAGUCUUCGACUUUCAGGAGGUGAUGCCGGACGGGCAGGUCUUGACCAAGCUCGUCUUCCUCAACUGGGCCCCGGAUGUCGCCAAGGUCAAAGCCAAGAUGAUGUACGCCUCGACCAAGGACUUUUUCAAGGGCCUGCUGGAUGGCAUAUCAGUCGAGUUCCAGGCGUCGGAGCUUGAUGAUGUCAACGAACAAGAGGUGGCAGAUGCCGUCCGUGCCCUGAAGCGCUCCUGA